AUGCCACAUUUCAACUUUUUUAAAAAAAAGAAUACGCAGAGCAGAUUAUCCAUAAAUGGUAACUUUAAUAAUAUAAAUACAUCGACCUCUCUUGGUUUAACCGUUGGCGAUUUACCUAACAAUAAUACCAUUGCGACCGUCGAUGUUGAUGUACAAAAAGUUAGAAAAAAUGGCAAAAGGAAAAAGAAUUGGAAGAAUGCAUUGAUAAGUCUAGAUGAUCAUGCUACAAAAUGUUCGGUUGCAUCAUCAUCGACCAUCAAAUCCAACCAGAAAAAUGAUUCCGAAAACGUCGCGGAAAAAGUUCAUGUAAUUUCAAGAUUUAUUUCAACAAAAGCGGAUGAUUCAGAUAUUCUAUUACAGGAAGAUUCACUUGACGAAGAAUUCGAUAAUGUGGAAAAUGAUAAAACGAAAACUACAUUAAUUGAAAGAUAUGCUAUCAUUCCAAGGAGAUCUUCUGAAACAGAGGUAUUAGCCAGAAAAGGAAGAUUCACCAUAAUAAGAGAAGCUGAUAACAAUAAUAAUGUUUCUUCACGAACGGGAGAAAGUCGUAAAUCACUUUCUUCGUCCUAUUCAUCAUGUUGUACGAUAUCACAAUCACGAUCCAGUAGUUGUUCAAGUCUUCUGGUGUCUUUGUCCGAUUCACCCGAUUCACCUGUCUUUAAAGGAUCAAUAAAAAUAAGAAGUCACGAGCAACUCUCACCAAUCUCAACUUAUUACUCGAAUUCUCCUAUAUAUUCUUCUCCUUUAUCGUCAAAUUAUUAUCACUACAAUAGUAAAAGUCCACGUAGAGCAUCUGAUUCAUUCGCUCAUCAUCAAAAUAAUUUGGUACAAUUCAAUAACAAAUCAUUACCUUCAUCGUAUCCUUCUCAUAAACCGACCUUAUAUAUCUUAUCAACAUCAUUACCCAGACAAAACUUCAUAUCACAAAACACCACUUGUUCAUCUCCAACCUCCUUACCACAAUUAUCACCAGCCCCAACUCCAACUCUUAUCUCUUCAUCACUUAAACAAUACCCUUUCACCACUCCAUCAGGCAGGAAAUUUGAAUUAGAAGGCUCUUAUUUUCCAAAUAAUUCAACAUCUUCAUCUGGUUCUAAUAAUAAUUUUGGUUCAAAAAGAAGAAGACAAUUUAUUAUAGAAACUUUUGAAUGA